UCACAUUUAUUGUUUCAGCAUUUUAUUCCACCCAUCUUCUCCUAAAACUUCAUUAUUCCAUCUCUGAAUAUCUGAUAAACUUCAUUCCAACGAAUCAAGUUCGAAACUCCUAACCCCUCCCCACGCAACGUGAGCGGCAGGUUCGCACAGCCUCCUAGCGUCACACAACGACCCGGCACGCAGGAAUCCUUACAGUCGGCCUCCCCACUAGUGCCGCUUUCCGGCGCUGACCGAGCAUUUUGCGGCAGUUGCUUUCCGACGAUGCCGGACCAGCGUCUCCAGAUUCACAGAGUAAUGGCUUCGGCUUGCGGACCGUGCUCGGCCCCAAGCUAUGGGCCCAUGGGCCUCUCUCCGGAUUGGGGGAACAAGGGCGUCUCUACUGGGACGACUAUCAUGGCUGUGCAGUUUGAUGGGGGCGUGGUCCUUGGAGCUGACUCCCGGACAACCACUGGGUCAUAUAUUGCCAACCGAGUAACAGACAAGUUGACCCCUAUCCAUGAUCGGAUCUUCUGCUGCCGUUCUGGUUCUGCAGCUGACACCCAGGCUGUAGCUGAUGCAGUCACCUAUCAACUAAGUUUCCACAGCAUUGAACUGAAUGAGCCUCCCCUGGUGCACACAGCUGCUAACCUCUUUAAGGAGAUGUGUUACCGUUACCGAGAGGAUCUCAUGGCUGGGAUCAUCGUUGCUGGCUGGGAUCCCCGUGAGGGGGGACAGGUAUACUCAGUACCCAUGGGAGGUAUGAUGGUUCGGCAGCCUUUCUCUAUUGGGGGCUCAGGGAGCUCCUACAUCUAUGGCUAUGUUGAUGCCUCCUAUCGAGAGGGUAUGAAUGAAAAACAGUGUCUUCAGUUCACUGCUAAUGCUCUUGCUUUGGCCAUGGAUCGAGAUGGCUCAAGUGGUGGUGUUAUCCGGUUGGCAGCAAUUACUGAGAAAGGAGUGGAACGGCAGGUGCUUAUGGGGGACCAGCUUCCCCAAUUCCCUAGUACCACCUAUCCUUCAGCCUGAGAUCUGCUACCUCCUCCUCAUUCUCUCUGUGUUCCCUCUUCCCCUAGCCAUAAGCCAAUCCCCAUAUAUACCCAAGAUUCAAUAAACUUUUGGUCAUGGGGAGAGA